GGGAGAAGAGGAAACCAAAUUUACGUCAAUCGUGUUUUUGUCGGAAAUCAUUCGCACGUCGUAAAUACAGAAAUGGUGUAUAGAAGUUCUAGAUAGAUUGUUCAGCACUGUUCCGGAACGAAUAUCCGAGGCAGAAGAGCGACUUCGUUUGUAUAUGCAAAUCAUUGACCUUUUGAUAGAAAACAAAGUGAUAUUAUCUGGCACAAAGAGAAAUGGCAACAAAGCGUAAACCAAUCCACACGCAAACGGGUAGCGCGCAACGUCCAAACAUGAACUUCCGGACCAGUGUGAAUGACACAACAGCGCGAGCAGAGGCGAAAGGUACACGCCCAACACCGGCACCGACCACGAUUAAAGAAACUCUCACGAUGAUGGUGUUACACGUGUGCAAAAAGAUUAUAUUUUUCGACACCAAUCUUAAAGUACCGCUCUACUUAGGGAGCCUGUUCAUUGUAUCUCUGAUAGGAGAUUUUCUGCCUUAUCCUAAAACGUACCUUGCAAGAUCGGACAACUUAUUCAAUGUGUACUUCGUGAAAAUGGGAUGGGCGUGGACAUUACUGUUUUCGCUGCCCUUCCUGGCGUUGACAUCGGUGACAUUAUGCUGUGGGGAUCACCAAAAGCUGGUGAAAAAUCAUCUUCCAAGGCUAGGAAUUGCAACCGGGUUCUGGUUCGUGUGGACCAAGUUGUUUAACGUCAUUGAAUCUACGUAUGGCCGUUGUAGCACCCGAGGCUUUGAUUCAAAAUCGGGUUGUUUGAAAGCGGGGCAUCUGUGGAGUGGGUUCGAUAUUUCCGGACAUGCCUUUAUUCUGAUUUACUCAAGUCUUAUCCUGAUGGAGGAAGCUCGAUCAAUUAUAGGCUGGGAAAGCAUUAAAGAGCACCUUCGUAAUGAGGAACAUAAUAGAGCCAAAAAUGACACAACGCAAGGAACAAAUCCUCUGAAAAGUUUGAAAAAUGACGACCUGAAGGCUUUAAAGCAUUUCUACACUAGAUACACUCCCACGAUUCGGUUGCUUUUCGUUGGUAUGACCAUGCUUCAACUGCUGUGGGACGUAAUGCUGGUUGGAACGAUGCUAUACUACCACCGGAUGGUAGAAAAGGUUCUCAGUGGGAUCUUUGCUGUACUGACUUGGUUCUUCACGUAUCGUGCUUGGUAUCCGACACAGAAUCUCUUACCGGAUCCAGUCGGCAAAGGUCUCUUCAACUAUCAGGUCGCGUCUCGACCAGCAGAAAUCGGUCUCCGAAGACGUGGUAGUUUACUGCAGCCUAACUCGUCGCAGUCAUCUGAUAUACCUAAAUUUAUGGGUAUGCCUCUGUACGCAGCAAGACAACAGCCCAGCUCCCCUGCCAACACUGUAGGAGGAACCAUAUCGCCACAGGAUUCCGGCAUGGGGUCAUCGUUCGUAAGUACUUCCACUUCCUUCAACAGCAACGCAGGUGCGUCACGGUUAGGAGCCUCUACCGGAGGCGGAAAUUUUGAUAUGAACAAUCCGCCUUUGUCUCGUUUCCAGCAGAGUAUGCACCGAAGCAGAUUUGACCGGGUUGAGUAGGAUUGUUUUGUGUUACGUAUCAUCUUGAUCUGAGGUAAUGGGCUAAUUCAAUCGUGUGUUCUUGGACGACAAAAACAACGACUCUCAUCACAAAAGUAACACUGUGUUCGUGAAAGAUAAUCUUAUUAAAGAGUUUAUAUUAUCUACCUUCUACUUGGAUUUAUGUCUUUUAAACUAGUGGGUACAGAAUGCUUCAUAUAUUCUAAUUUGUAAAGUCCAAAUAAACUCCUUAGUUGUAGAAGACAGAGGCUAAAGGCAUUGCUGCUGUAAAUAAAUUUGCCACAUACUAAGUUCAGAAAAUUUAUCGCAUCGCAUAUCUAUUAAACUUUACCAAAGACUAACAAGUUGAAUGCUUCUCUUGAUUUAAAACAGGUUUCAUUUGCACGUGAUGUUGAGAUUUGUCUACUGGCUAUCAUCGAAUGUUGUAGAAACGAAAAUAUACGAAUAAAAACGCUAUUAAAUUUUGUUAGGGUAAUCUAAUAUUUCUUAAGCAUUAGGUUUUUUGCAGUUACUCAUUUAGUUCUACAAUACAAAAUAAUCUUCUGUUGGGUGAGUUCUUAUCAUUGAUAUUUUUUAUGGUUCUUAUAAAUACUGGUAACUGACCUGUGUGAUAAUGCAAUUACAUUUGUUUACAUGUUUGUCAUCUAUAAGAUGACAAUAAUGUGGUGAUAAAUGGGAAUAAAUCACUUAAAUUUCAAUCUAA